CAGGCUGCUCUGCCGGGACUGCAGGCGGCGGCUCGGAGCUCGGGCUGCGGGCGGCGCUUUGGGGCUUGGGGAGCGGAGGCCGGGCAGGGCGGCAUGGGGCUGGCGGCUGAGCGCCCCUUCGAGCCCCGCGGCUGCUGGUUCUACCUGCGCUACUUCUUCCUCUUUGCCUCGCUGACGCAGCUGCUGGUCAUCCUGGGCCUGGUGCUCUUCAUGGUGUACGGAAACCCGCACGCAGCCACCGAGGCCAACCUGCGGGCCACGCAGGCCCGGGCCGACGCGCUGUAUGGGCAGGUGCAGGACCUGGGCGCCCUGCGCGCCAACCUCAGCCUGCAGCUCAACCUCACCGCCCAGGCCCGCGACGCCAUCAUGCAGCUGCUGCUGGGCGCCCGCCGCGACCUGGACCGCAUCAACGCCAGCUUCCGCCAGUGCCAGGGCGAGGUGGUCAACUACAGAAACAACGAGGAGUUUGUGGUUGCGGUGGUCCUGAGUGAACAGCGGUGCCUGGAGGAGCUGAAGGAAGGAAACAAGAGCUGCGAAGCCCUGCGGCACAAGCUGGAGGCCCGCGCAGGCGCGCUGGAGGCGGAGCUGGCGCGGGCGCGGCCUGCGGCCCACCUUGGCCUUGAGGCAGGUGUCCAGGGCGUCCACCCGGAAGGCCACCUGCAUCUUCAGCUGCGCGCCCUGGAGGAGAAGGCGGCGCUGCAGGCCGAGCGCGACCGCCUGGCCCGCGAGCUGGAGGCGCGCAGGCGCGAGGUGGACCAGCUGAAGAUGCAGGUGGCCUUCCGGGUGGACGCCCUGGACACCUGCCUCAAGGCCAAGACCCCGCCGGUGGUCCUGCCAAGACCCGUAGCCCCCGCCCCCCAGCCGCGAUCCAUCGACUCAGCCAGCCUGGAAGACUUCAAGAAGAAGGUCCUGCAGUCCUACCGGCCUCCUGCAGCCCCCGCCAGUGGCUGAGGAGCCCCGCCGGGCCAGGGCCGCCCUCCCUGGAUCCGAUCCCGUGACCACAUCGCGAUGGCCAUGACGUCAGCAGCAGACACAGCCUCCGCGGUGCGCCCUCACACGUACCUCCCCCCACCCCUGCUGCACAGCCCCGCCCCACCCCCAGCUUCCUUAUCUCCCGGGCCUGGUGGGGAGGUGAGAACAGGAAGCCAUUGGCUUCCACCUCCUCCAGUUUCCAGGCCCUUCUUGAAGGUUUCCAGGCUCCCCCUCGAGAGUUUCCAGAACCCCUUGCCAGGAGGGUCUGGUCUGGCAUGAGGGUCUCAGAGGAGCCCUGAGGAACCUCCCUCCUCCCAGCACUUAAUAAACAGUAGCAAAUCCCUUA